AUGGUCAUAGUUGUGGCAGAAAAUGAUGUAUUGACUAUGCUGGGAAGAGGAGCCACCAUGAGAGCACUAGGAAGGUCCAUAAGAGCAGGAGCUGGACUAGUGAGGAACAUUAGAGUUAUGAUGGUCCCCAUGAGAUUCCUGAGGAUGGCAGAGAGUUUAUCCUUUGGACCAGUUUUUCAAACGGAGAGCAAAGUUGGCUAUUAUCAGCUCAACUCCAUUGAGCAUGAGAAAAUGGAUAAUGAUACUGAGUUCAUCAACAUUGGUUUUGGCAAGAUUGCAUAUGAUCAAAAGAAGCUGAUUUGGUUCCAUGAGAAAGGGCAAGAAGUUUUAGCGGCAGCAGUGAAGGAAAAUGUGAACACAAAAACAGAGGCAGUUGCUUCGUUGAUAAUACUGAGUUUUACUUGUCACAUUUAUAUUUUUUGGCAGUGGAAUUUUCGCAUUGGUUUCACUCCUCGUGAGGGUUUGGUUAUUUAUUCAGUUGCAUAUGUUGAUGGUAAUCGAGGUCGGAGGCCUGUAGCCCACAGAUUAAGCUUUGUUGAGAUGGUGGUUCCUUAUGGAGAUCCAAACGAUCCACACUAUAGGAAAAAUGCAUUUGAUGCAGGGGAAGAUGGGCUGGGCAAAAAUGCGCAUUCCCUUAAGAAGGGUUGUGAUUGUUUGGGUUAUGUCAAGUACUUUGAUGCUCAUUUCACCAAUUUCACUGGAGGUAUUGAAACGAUAGAAAACUGUGUUUGUUUACAUGAAGAGGAUCAUGGGAUCCUCUGGAAGCAUCAAGACUGGAGAACAGGUUUAGCUGAAGUUAGAAGAUCUAGGAGGUUGACUGUAUCUUUUAUAUGCACUGUGGCCAACUAUGAGUAUGGAUUUUUCUGGCAUUUCUACCAGGAUGGGAAAAUUGAAGCUGAGGUUAAGCUCACGGGGAUUCUCAGUUUAGGAGCACUUCCACCAGGGGAGACAAGAAAAUAUGGUACAACUAUCGCACCAGGACUAUAUGCACCCGUUCAUCAACACUUUUUUGUGGCUCGAAUGGACAUGGCAGUUGAUUGCAGACCAGGUGAAGCAUAUAAUCAGGUGGUUGAGGUGAAUGUUAAAGUUGAAGAACCAGGAAAGAAUAAUGUUCAUAAUAAUGCCUUCUACGCUGAAGAGGAACUUCUUACAUCUGAAUUACAAGCAAUGCGUGACUGUAAUCCUUUAACUGCUCGACACUGGAUUAUAAGAAACACAAGAAAUGUUAAUCGGACGGGGCAACUGACUGGCUACAAGCUGGUGCCUGGUUCAAAUUGUUUGCCAUUGGCUGGUUCUGAAGCCAAAUUCCUAAGAAGAGCUACUUUUCUGAAACAUAAUCUUUGGGUCACACCUUUUGCGCAUGAUGAAAUGUAUCCUGGAGGAGUUCCCAAUCAAAAUCCACGUGUUGGGGAGGGAUUGGCUACUUGGGUGAAGCAAAAUCGAUCUCUGGAAGAAACUGAUAUAGUUCUUUGGUAUGUAUUUGGAGUUACUCAUAUUCCUCGACUAGAAGACUGGCCUGUCAUGCCAGUGGAACGCAUUGGUUUCAUGCUUACGCCACACGGAUUCUUUAACUGCUCACCUGCUGUAGACGUCCCUCCAAGUGCAAGUGAUUUGGAUAUAAAGGAAAAUGGGAUUGCGUCGAAGCCUCUGCAGAGUGGGCUCCUCUCAAAAAUCUGAAAUUUUCAUAUGUGUGGGAGAUUAAUCCUUAGUUAUAGAGUAAUGGUCUUUUUAUCAUAUUCAUGCGGACGCCAAAAAUUCUAUUUAAAGAAAUCCUGUAUGAUUCCGAGAAGAUUUAAUUUUAAUUCA